GUGGGGAAGUUUGUUUUUUGCUGAUCCUAUUUUCCAUAUUUAGUGUAACUGUGUGGACGAUUUUACCCAAUUAGUCAGAGCUUUCAAUUUUCUCCAUUAAUGGCCGUGAAAACUUGUGGGUCUUCACACUCUGCUUUGCUCGAUCAUGAAAAAUCGAUUCUACAACAACUCAAAGAUUGCCCACAGAUUAUCGAGUGUUUCGGAGGAGAUUUCAGCUUCGAAAACGGCGAGAAAUUGUACAAUCUGUUCUUAGAAUACGCUAUGGGUGGUUCUUUGGCUGACAAGCUCAAGAACUCCGGUCACCGGAGCUUGCCGGAAUCCGAAGUCCGGCGACACACAGAGUCGAUUCUAAAGGGUCUUCAAUGUAUUCACGAGAAUGGGUUUGUUCACUGUGAUCUCAAGCUUCAAAACGUUCUUCUAUGUCAAAAUGAUGUUGCGAAGAUCGCCGAUUUUGGUUUGGCGAAGAAAUCGGGAGAGAAGAUCGUGGGUUUUGAGUUGAGAGGUACGCCGAUGUAUAUGCCGCCGGAGACAGUGGUGGCCGGACAGCAGGAGGCGGCUGCGGACGUAUGGGCUUUGGGGUGUUUGGUGGCGGAGAUGGUGGCCGGAACGCCGCCGUGGCGGUGCUCGGCGAAGGAGAAUGUGUGUGUGUGUGUGUUAAAGCCAUCAGUGUGUGUGUGUGUGUGUGUGCACGUGUUGAAGCCAUUAGUGUGUGUGUGUAGAGAGAAGAUAUGUGUGUGGUUGGGUCUCCAUGUGAGAGAGAGAGAAUGCUGA